GAAAAACACACCACAACAGAAUUUAAAAGCCACAUUAAUGGUACAAACAAGACGCAUCUCUAAAGGAAAUAGUAUGUAUUAACCCGGUAUUCCUGUUAUGGAGAUCAGCCCGGUGUUUCUCCAGCAAGGAUGUUGUUGCUGUAUAUACUGCGUAUAAAUAUGUAAAUCCUGGUUUAACUACCAAUCUAUAACGGUGAGUUUUGUGUGGACAAACCCAAAAUGUGCCCGUCUACUGGAAUAGUGUGUGCCGUAUUGUUAUUUAUGAUUGCAAAUGGAGAGGGUCAGAUACAAGGAUAUUAUAUUCCACUAUGUCCAGAGGAUCAGGUUUGGAAAUUCUGCGGAUCUUGCAAGGCGACUUGCAGAAACCCGUUCCCGAUUUGUGCAGCAGUUUGUCUACCGCCGCAGUGCGAGUGCCCGCGUGAAACUGUGUACCAUAAAGGACGGUGCAUCGGGGUGGAUCAGUGUCCGUAACUUUAAUAUUGGUAUAUACUGUAGGUCGACCAAAACAGUGAUAUUCCAGAGUACCAAAGAACAGUUUUCAAACACGUCUGUACAUCGUCACACAGCCUACAGCACACAGACUGGUCCAUUAUCUCUGCAGAACGACGCCUGGGUAGUUGUAGGAUGUCAACGCAAGCUGAAUCCCACGUAUAUAUUUUUUUUACCCAGGAAUUCAGGAUUUUCAAUACUAGUAGGCCUACUCAACACCCAAUAGUAUAGACGAUUUGUUCGAAGGUCCCACAAGCAAUCUGUCUCAUAUAAUUUGACGCUAAAACGAAGUUUAGUUAUUAGAAUUGAUAUUAUGUUAAUGUUACCCCUUUCUAUAUUUAAGUUAAAAUAAGUUAAAAUAAACUACUAAUUAACAUUUGCCUGCGUUACUGAUGCCGCAAACCUCGU